GAUAGUGAGCAAACCGAGGGAGGACGCAAAGCCCGUUACUUUCAGCAUGUGCUGGAGCGGCAGCCGAGCUCUCAGCGCUGGAUGUCCGCUCUCUGCCCGCUAGAGAUCCCUCCGCAGUCCCGCACGUUUGAAGAUGCCUGGCGAUAUUUAACGAUAUCCUAACCUUUUGCUGUUUAACCCAUUCUCAUUCUCAUGGCGUCUCUACAGCAGUCGAGAAUUCAGUCAUACCUGGAGAAGAAUAAGAUCGGACCCUUGUUUGAGGAGAUGAUGACUAAACUGAUAACCGAGACACCAGACCACCCCAUUCCUUUCCUCAUUGGCCAUCUGCAAACCAAGCAGGAGAGUCCCGGCAGGAUUCAGAGGACCCUGUCGGGAUCUGCAGCGCUGUGGGCCGAGAGCUCCUCAGAAUACAAAGGCACACGACGGGACUCUAGAGGUUAUGAAAAACCUUGGCAGAUCCAUCCCAAGAAGCCCAAGAAAUCAAAGAGCGACCUGGCCGUGUCCAACAUUUCCCCUCCGUCUCCUGAGUCUAAAUCAUUGCCUCGUUCAAUACUGCGCCCUACCUGGGACUGGAGGACCAAACCUGAGAGCAGAGACUUCGAUGAGCUCAAUCACAUACUGCAAGAGAGCAAGAAGCUCGGCAAAGCCCUGGAGAACCUGUCCCGCAGCAUUGCUGUUUCUGAUGACUUUGACCUGGACCCUCGGGCGUAUAACUCCAUAUUGAGACCACGGGUGGUGGGUGAGUGGGUGGGCCGUGAGGAGGAAGAUUUGGACCCCCUUGCGGCUGAGAUGCUUCAGCCCCCCGUCCCAAGAGCCAAAACUGAGGGCUGGGUGAGCAAAGACAACAGCCCUGUUGGAAGCCUGAAAAUGGAGACUAAGGGUAAAGGCCUAAAACAGCAGCAACAGAAUCACAAGAAACUUCUGGCAGCCAUGUUGUCUCAGGACUCGUUUGACUCCAUGCCCGAUUCGGCCCCCUCAGUCACCGAAGACGAGAUGGAAGAUGAGGAUGACGCCAUGGAGCUGCUGGAGGAUCUGGAUGACCUGCGAAUGGAGGGGGUCACUGGCCUGUUGCCGUCCGGCAGUAAGUUCAGCCAGGGCCGCAGCUCCUACUGUUCAGAGCCCCAGGCCAAAGUCACUCUCAACAUCUGCUCAAGGUGUGCAAGGCUUCAAGGGGACAGUCUAACUGCAAGGCCUGAAGAGGAACCAGCACCACAUGUCCCAGAGCAAGCUGUGCCAGAAAUACCUUGUCCAUUACCCGCGGUGACAGAAACCCUGACAGCAGCAGAAGAUCUGCAGACGGCCUCUCAGGUGACAGGGCCGCGUCACCCUGUCUGGGCAUCGGAUGUGAAGCCGAUCAGAGGCACGAGCCCGCAGACGGCCAGACGUGCUCUGCAACUCCAGGACUCGCUUUUCUCCAAAGAACUGGAGAACAUGGGCAAGCAUCUUGCCGAGGUGGAGAAGGACUUAGCCAAGCUGGCAGAGCAAGGGAAACUGAACCGAAGUCCAAACAGCCCUCAUAGGAGUUUGCUUUUAACCCCCCUCUUCCACACCACUAACACUCUGCCUGUGCUCGGACAGACGUCCAGACCACAGUCUCCCAGCAGCCUUUCCACAAAGACCACAGGCCUGCCACUUCACAACACUAAACCCACAAGCCUAGUCAUGGGCCGGACAUCUCCCAGCAACCCCAGCAGCCGUGCCCAGACCCCUAGUGGAGCACGGACGCCCAGCAGACCUUUGACCCCUAACAGUCUCAUGAUGCACGCUUUGACUGCCGGUAGCCACGGGAACAAAGAACGGGUGUACGGGCGCUCUAGAAGCAGACCAGUCACGCCGACCGGACAGAUAACAAGACCCAUCCUCACACCGCCGGGCUUGAGCACCACAGAUUUAUACGGAGGACUGUGGAGCACAUUGACAGAGGAUGAAUUUUACCAGCAGUUGCAGGCGGUCAGGAAGCCCUGGCGCAUCCCCAGUGACACAGAGAGUGACUGUCUGGAACCACCUGAGCAGGACAAGUGUAAUCCAAGUGGAGUGAGAGAUGCCAGCAAGAGAUCUGUGUUCUCAGGUAAACAUUCCAACACAUCAGUCCAUCAUGCUCACAGACGGCCAACUAAUUGCCUGUGAAUGAAUCUUAUAAAUCUUACCCUCUGCGAAAAAAAUGCAAACUGUCUCGUAGUCUUUCCGUAGGAAUUCUCUUAAGAAACAAAAGAAAAAUGAGAGACAUCCAGUUAAAAUUACAGUGACAGAAUUUAGCAUUCCUUCAUCAGAAUUACAGUAAGUGACUCAGGCCUCAUUGACUGACUUAAAUAUAUAGCACCCACAAUGCACUGCGAGAUCACUUUUACAGCAGUCUGACGCUACAUGAGGUCCCAGUGUUUUGGAAAGAAGCCGUCCGAUGUUCGUUUCUGUUGACUUAGCUGGGUGCCACUCGAGCAUGUGGCAGCUGAGAAUCACGGUAAUGACGAAAGUGUCUCCUCUGUGGUCUGACUUCUCGUGCCCAGCCGAGGUUUUACAGUUGAAGAGGGCAGACAAGCCUGUAUAUAGUCGCAUGCAGCCAGUUAAGCUUUGCGGUGGAACUGGGCUAACCGACCCAAAGCUGGGUGCCGAUUCCUCUGACCUCAUCCGUGCACACGCCUGCGAAUGUGCAGCGUGACACGGAUCGGCUCGUUUUUCCAUUCUCACAUUUAUCUUUGACAUGUUCAAAUAUUAAAGGCUGUUUUUAUGGUAAUUGCAGAGGUUGUUAUGAUUAUUAGUGGUCACAUGGAACGGACGUCUGUUACCAGGCAACUGAUGUUUUUGUUCUCUUUGCUUUCUACAGGCCUGUAACGGUGUGUACGGCAAAACCAGAGCUAAUCAAACAUUUAUGCAAUUUAAAGGGGCAUUUCAAUAUUGCGAGUCAGCAAGAUACACUUAUUUUUUUAAUUUUGACCAGAAAAAAAAAAAAGAUUGUGUACUUUUUUCCACAGAGGCCAACGUUUCUUAGAAAAUAAAAAUGUUACAACCAUUUUAAAUUCUAGAAUGUAAUGUGUUUAUCAGAAAAAGAUAAGCCUGCACUUGAACUUUUUUGUCUGUCAGCAUGCUUGGUUGUCUGUUCAUAAGAAUAUUUAUUGCUGCCUUGCGUUAAUAAACACAAUUUAUCACAUGAUGUGCCAAAUCAGUGGUUGAUAAAGGGAGUUUUGAUAAUUCUUUUCAAUAACAGUCGACAAAAGUGAACACUUUAUGGCAUUAGCGGAGAAUAUGAAUGUUAGAAAUGUAUGUGUAAUGUUGGACAUGCACAGCACUGCCCCUGCUGACCUCAGCAUGACACUUUCUCAUUCCCAACAGCAUUGUGUGUCUAUACCUGGAGACGACACAUUUCUAUAGAACUUACCUUGAUUUUUAUACCCACAGAAAUAUAUGUAGCCUGUUAUACCUGUUAUUUCCUUGUAUAAUGCCAAAUAAAAGAUUUGUACAAAA